CGGGAUCGGAAGGAACAGCGGGAUCGGCGGGAACACCGGGAACACCGGGCUCGGAAGGAACAGCGGGAUCGGCGGGCCGGGGGGCUCCGGCCAUGCGCUACAACGAGCGCGAGCUGCUGUCCCUGGCCCGGCAGCCCGCGGAGAAGGCGGCCGAGAUCCGCAUGAGCGUGCCCAAGAAAGGCAGCGUGCUGAAGAAGCGCCUGGUGAAGCUCGUGGUGAACUUUCUCUUCUACUUCAGGACAGACGAGGCUGAGCCCAUUGGAGCUCUGCUGCUGGAGCACUGCAGGAUCACCAAAGAGGAGGAGAACGUCUUCUCCAUCAGUUUCAUCGAGGAGCCAGAGAGGAAAUACUGCUUCGAGUGUGCCAGUGAGGAGCAGUGCCAGGAGUGGGUCGAGGCCCUCAAACGAGCCAGCUACGAGUUCCUGAGGAGGAGCCUGAUCUUCUACCGGAAUGAGAUCCAGAAGAUGACAGGGAAGGACCCCCUGGAGCAGUACGGGAUCUCGGAGGAAGCCCGUUUCCAGCUGGGAAAACGCCAGCAGGAAUUCCCUCACCUGGGCUGAACUGGCUCCUGAGUCCUGAGCAGGCUCCCCAGGGCCACCCCAACCCCUGGGAAGGACAGCAGAGCCCCACAGGGACCAAGGGACUCUUUUAUUUAUUACCUAAAUCAUUUUUUAUUCUUUUUUUUUAAAGGGAAUUCUUUGUACAUUCCCACUUUCCCAGCUGUGGAGGCUGAACUGCUCCCUUGGGGUGGGAGCAGAACCCUCUGGCCCCUGGGGUCAGCAGAGGCAGGGGCUGACAGAGCUCCCAGCACCCAAUGUCCUCCAGGGCCUGGAGCUGCUGGAGCUCCAGCCCUUCUCCUGCUCCUCCCUGUCCCUCUCCUGAAGGAGCUGCAGCUUUCCUGGCUCAGGAUCUUCCCUCAAUCUCCAGGGAGCCCUUGGGGCUGCAAGAGGAUGCUGUGAUCACAUCUCUGUGCUCCAGGGUUAACCCCCUCCUGUCCUGCCCUCUCCUGCUCCUGCAGAGCCAUUCUGGGGGCCGAUGGCUGAGCUGGUGAGCAGGGAGGACUGGGAAUGCUCCCAGUAACACUGGGAAUGCUCAGCCACAGCUCCAGCUGCCAGGCAGGAGCCAUCUGCUCCCCUGUGCCAAGGCAGCAGCUCUGGGCAGCCACUGGCACUUGCCUUUGAGGGUUUUCUUCUCCCUUCCCUGGGCAGGUGUUGUGAUUCCUGGGGGCUGGAGGGAGCCUUCACUCCAGCCCAGCCGAGGGAACAAAGGGAACAGUCAGGAACAGGGACGGGGAGGGAUCCCUGUGGGCUCCUGCCCCUCUGCAGAGCUGUGGGCUGAGCUCUGAUCCAGCUUCCCAGGGAGGAAAGGCAGAUGGAGAGGUUGGCAAAGGCAGGAGCUGCUCCCUCUGGCUGCAGGUUUGGGCUGCAGGGGGUGAGUUCAGCUGGGCAGGAACCCUCCAGGCCCUGAGCCACGGCUGCAGCCUCUCCCCCCUUCGGGAGCAUCCAAAGGGACAGACCAAACACUGUGCCAGGGCUGCCAGGGAACCAAGGCUGCCUCCCUGGGGCUCUGGGAAGGAGGAGAGAAGGGUUUAGGAACAACAUCCCCACCCCACCAGCCAGGGCUGCAGGAAGGAAAACUGCUCAGAGAGGAGGGAGGGAGGGAGGGAGGAAGGACACUCUCCACACCCAGGGCUGCAGGACACCCACAUUCCUCACUGUCACAGCAGCUCCCCUGGGACCAGCCCGGGAAAAACCCAGGAAAAGCCCCUGGGAGGGUCUCAGGUGAGACUGUCAGAGGGUUGGUGGCAGAAGGAACAGGGAGGGGGCCUGAGCUUUGGGGGCUGCAGCUCUGGGUGUUGUUCCCCUCCAGGGUGGGUGGAGCAGCCUCUGAGCUGGGCUUGAAGGGAAGUUGUGGGUCCUUGGCUGGGAAUAAAUGCUCAAAGAAGAGCUUUAGUGGCCUGGCCUUCCCUCUUUACCUCUCACUGCUGGGUGCCAGGGCAGUGACAGCUGUCACUGAGGCUUUAUUUUUAAUCUGAAAGCCAGGAUUUUUUCCCUUUUUCUUUCCCCAGAUCUUCCCUUUCCCUUGAAUCAAUCUGGGUGCUCCAAAAAUCACCAAAAUGAGCUGAGGGGCAGCUGUCCUGCAGGAGGAGCCAGGGCAGGGAGCAGGAGCCAGGGGGCAUUUGCAGACAGAUGGCAGCUCCAGGGGAAGCAGGCAAGGAGGGAUUAAAAGCAGGAACCUACAGGAGCUUGUGCUGGAGGGAAUUGGUGUCCUCAGAUGGCUUUGAAGUGCAUUUUAAUCCUCACCAGCUCUGCUUUCCCUCAGUGCAGGGGCACCCCUGGCCUGGAGGGGGGGACAUGGCAGCUUUUACUGUGAAAAGAGACUGGUCUGGUCACUGGGGAGAGGAUGGAUGGGAGGAUUCCUGCUUGGCAGUGGGAUAACUGGAGCUGGGAUGAGCAUGGGCUCCCCCCCAGCUCCAUCCCACAGCCCCAGGGGCAGAACAGCCACAUCCAGGCUCAGCUCUGCAUCAGUGGAUCCUUCCAUGUGCAGUUUAACCCAAACCUCGGGAAUUCUGCCAAGCUUGGGGCCUUUUUAGCCCUCAGAGCUGUGUCCUGGUCCUGGAGCAGGACUGGGCAACCCUUCCCCACUGGCACUGUGCAGGAAAGGGGCAUUUCAGGUGCUGUUCUGGGCACAAGAGCAAACCCCGACACUUGCUCAAGAGGCACCAGUGACAUUUCUUAACUGAAUGUAAAACAAAUGCUGUGAAGAGUUCCAGGGCCCAGGAGCUCAGACCCUCACUGGGGCAGGGCUGGCUCACGGGCUGGGGUUCAGCAUUAAGGGGAGAUGGUACUUGUAGACACAUCAAAAUCUGCAUCAACUGCUGGUGAUUUAUAGACAAUUGUUCGUUUUUCACACUUGGAGUUUUGUAUUUCAGUCAGAGCUGGGUCCAGGCUCCCCAGAGCCAUUUCUCUGUUGUAUGUUGCCAAUAAAUCUUGGUUUAAUCCA